AUGCAGGUGAACCUUGAUCAAAUAGAGUUCUACUACGGCCCCAGCCACCAGAAGCCUCGAAGCACAUUGGCCUCUACUGGUGGAAAUCGACCAACUCUCACCCAUGUUACACAGCCGUUUCAGCGUUCUUCUUUUGCCACUGAGUCUGUCUUCAUCCAAGCACAGGCACCGACGAAUAUACUAGACUCUUCGGCACCCCCAACGCAUGAACGGCCCUCCACUGGUAUCACAAACCCACAGAAUGUGUUUGAUGUCGAGAUAUCCAAUUUCUAUGGCGGAGCCGCAUCUCAACCACAAAUGAUUACAGAAAAUAAAUGUCUGGUUACUACAGAUAUACCAGGGAUUCCUGAAUCUCCAUUGGAUCUCAUGAAAUGCCCCCUAUCAUUAUCAAAGCCACCAGCAUUUGAAGACUCCACUACACCGACGUCGCCAACAACAAACGAACUUGAGCAAGAAAAUGCUCUGUCCAGUAAUAUUCUCGAUGCGAUUGACACGGCAACUUCUGACCACUCCAUAUCGCCUAUUGUCGCAUUUGAAUCAUCGAGCAAUGUGCCUAGCAGCCUUUCCAUGGGCGGUGAUUUCCAGCAAGAACCGGUCAACAAUGCUAUAGACACGUCACCUUGCAUCCCAGAUCAUGAUAGAGAUCCAUGUAUAACGACAACGAAUGCUCCGGAGCAGACCGGAAAUCUCGAAGUGGCUGAGGACAAGUCCAUUCCAUCCUGCCAACCUUAUCAGUCGAACGCACCCUCUAGCCCAGAAUGUUCCGCUAGCCUAGCAACCCCGAGCGUCGAUAGACUGGAAUCCUACCCAUCGAUUGCUGUUGUUGUACCGGUACCUCCAUGGGCGCGAGGGAAAGUUACCAGGACAAGCACAAGGGUCGCCGCGGUGGCUUGCAAGAAACGGCUUCGAGCUAGUGGCGGUGACAAUGACCACCAGGAUCCUGAAGUAUCAAUUGCUGACGCAACUCGACAGCGCCCGAAGAUAAAACCAAAAUCUAGGGUGAAGUCUCUUCAUCAUUCACUGGGCGGUCAAAACCCCGUUCCAUGUGAUCGUUCUGGUGCUAUCCACAAGGUCCGCGGGAGAGCUAUCCUCACAGUUGAGUCCAGUGGGCCGAGGCCAGCAUAUUAUUUCACAUUCGUUCCCGAGGCUGGUCCGAUGCGGGCUCAAACCCCUCCGGCCGACAUGUCGGGAAAACAAAGGCCAUAUACCUCAGACGAAAAUGCACUGUUGGUGCGGCUGAAGAAAAGAGAGACAAUGUCAUGGGCGGAGAUUGCUGCACACUUCCCUGAACGAAGCGUAUCAUCCCUCCAAGUCCACUACUCAACCAAAUUAAGCCACAAGGCUACCACGCAAGCUGAAAGGCCACGAAGACGCCGAUGA